AAUUACAAACGAUGAAAAAGAUUCAUGUCUACGUUCUAAGAUUCUUAACUGAUAUAUUCCAGCAUCCUCUCUGUCUUGAGGGACAAAAGUCUCCAUCUUUCUCCCUUAUUAUGAUUGGCAAUCACUGAUGAUCUCAAAAUAAGUAGUUUCUCAAAUUUUAAGUUGAAUUAAUUCCUAGUCCUCUUAAUUUACUCUCCAUCCCCCCCAUCUUGAUAAAGCUACCUACAAUUAAUAAUGCGUUCGAGCAGACAAUCAUCUGCUUAUUUCUUCAUGUUAGCAUCGUUCAUCUUGAUUUCCAUACCCACUUCUUUCUGUGCUGAAAACCAGAAAUUAUAUGCAGCAAACUGCAAGAAGCCCUUUCUCUUCCUUUGAGUCAGUACCCGUACUCUUUAUCCACGAAAGUUGGCAUCAGAAAAUGCAGUAUCUUGACCGGUACGCCAUCCGGUACGGUAUUCAAAACAUUGCCAAUGACUGUAGGAUCCACUGCGCCAUCACCACAGCCCACCUUUUCAGAUGACGAACCGAGAGGGUAUUAUUAUCCUUCAAACCACAAGCGGGCCAUGUGGCAGCUUAUACUUGGCAUUGGCAUGGCUGCGAUUUUAAUUCUCUCUUUGGUAAUAAUCUGCAGCGUUAAAAGAGGAUACCAUGCAAUUCUCUGGGGGAAAAAGGAUGCAAUGAAUGAUCGGAAUAGUGCCGAGGAAAUGAUAAAGAAUUAUGGAUCAAUAGCCCCGAAGCGUUACACCUAUUCAGAAGUGAAGAAACUGACCAAUUCCUUUAGAGAUAAAGUAGGACAAGGUGGAUUUGGAGUUGUAUACAAAGGGAAGCUUCCUGAUAGUGAUGGACGUAUCGUUGCUGUGAAGGUCCUCAGCGAGGCCAAAGGUAAUGGAGAGGAAUUUAUUAACGAAGUGGCCAGCAUUAGCAGAACUUCGCAUGUUAAUAUAGUCAAUCUUUUGGGGUUCUGCUAUGAGAGGAAUAAAAGAGCUCUAAUAUAUGAAUUUGUUUCUAAUGGAUCUCUUGAUAAGUUCAUAUAUGACGAGGGAACUUCAGUCACAAAUUGUCAUUUGGACAGCCGAACGAUGUUCCAAAUUGCAGUUGGCGUUGCUCGAGGACUAGAGUACUUGCACCGAGGUUGCCGGACAAGGAUUGUACAUUUUGACAUAAAACCUCAUAAUAUACUUUUGGAUGAAGAUUUGUACCCCAAAAUCUCUGAUUUUGGCCUUGUUAAACUAUGCAAAACAAAAGAGAGUAUUGUGUCAAUGACAGGCAUGAGAGGAACUACAGGAUUUAUUGCACCAGAAGUUUUUAGUCGGAACUUUGGUGCAGUCUCUCACAAAUCAGACGUUUAUAGCUAUGGAAUGUUGAUUCUCGAGAUGGUUGGAGGAAGAAAAAAUUUUCAAUCUGGAGCAUCUCAUACCAGCCAAAUAUACUUUCCCCACUGGAUAUAUAACAAGAUGCAACAAGAAGAAAGUCUUGUUAAUACUUUUGGGGAUAUAACAGAUGUGGAAGAAGACACGAUAAAAAAGAUGACAAUAGUAAGUGUAUGGUGCAUCCAAACUAAUCCUUCAGAUCGACCAUCGAUGGCCAAGGUGAUAGAGAUGUUAGAAGGUACUCUUUUAUCUCUACAAUUUCCACCAAAACCUUUCCUCGAUUCCCCUACAAGGUCACCUUAAAAUGCUUCCUUAAUUUCACUCAUAAAAAACCAAUCAUUGAAAUGGUUGUGAAGAUAGAAUUUUGUUAGUAGGGGGCAAGCUUAUUUGAAGAGAUUUGACCUCUUUAUGUGUGUGAUGUGUGUGUUUAUGCAAAAUAUUUACAGACAAGUUGUAAAUUUAAUUUCGCAAGUUGUAAGGUAACCGUCGACAAAAAUUAUGUCUAUAAUAUUAAAAAAGAAUGCUUGUCAAGCAAUUCAAAGGUUAGAUGCAAAGAAUGAUAAUUUUAAUGUCGAGUAA